CGUGAGUGCGGGCAGCUGUGCUCGGCUCGGAGCCGGCCGCCAUUUCUACUGACGGCUGUCUCGGAGCUUAGGGUGGCUGGCGGCGAGCUCUGCCCUCACCUAACAUGGCCGGCGAGGAGGCGGUCACGUGAGCUCGGAGCUAUUCUCCUCACUCCUCCCGCCGGCGCCCUCUGGGGGGCGGCCACGUGGAGAGCCGGCGGUGAUUCCAUAGCUGACGUUGGGAGCGAGGAGGAGAGUCGGAGGAGCGGAGCGGCUGAGGGUCCCCGACCCGUGCCCGGCUGGCGGCCCUGCCCAGGUGAAUAUAUGUGAAUUUUGAACACAGGAUGGCUCAGAAGAGGAGCUCAAGUGGGCGAUCAUUCCCAUUAUUGUUGUUGAUUAUUGUUGUGGCCUUUGUUCAUUUAACUGUCUGCCCAUUUACAAAAGUGGAGGAAAGCUUUAACCUACAGGCUAUCCAUGACGUUGUGUACCACCAACUGGACUUGGAUAAGUAUGACCACCAUGAAUUUCCUGGAGUUGUCCCAAGAACGUUUCUUGGACCGAUCUUUAUUGCUGCUCUUUCCAGCCCAGCCAUAUACAUACUUUCCCUGUUAAAAAUGUCCAAGUUUUACUCCCAGCUGAUUGUCAGAGGAAGCUUGGGGCUCAGUGUGAUUUACACACUAUGGAAGUUGCAGAAAGAAGUUAGAAAGCAGUUUGGAGCAACUACAUCAACAAUCUUCUGUCUCAUAACUGUUACUCAGUUUCACUUGAUGUUUUACUGUACACGAACCCUUCCCAAUGUAUUUGCACUUCCUUUUGUGCUGUUGGCAUUGACAUUUUGGAUACAACAAAAGCAGAGGCCAUUCAUUUGGUUCUCAGCUUUGGCAAUUAUAGUCUUCAGAUCAGAGCUUGCCAUAUUCUUAGGUCUCAUGCUUCUCGUGACGUUUUUAACCAAAAGGAUCUCCAUUUUAAAGAUACUUUCCCAUGCUGUUCCUGCUGGAUGUUUUUGGUUGGGGCUAACAGUGGCUGUGGACUCUCUAUUUUGGAGGCAACUUGUGUGGCCUGAAGGGAAAGUGCUCUGGUAUAAUACAAUUUUAAACAAAAGUUCCAACUGGGGAAUAUCCCCCUUCUUUUGGUAUUUCUAUUCAGCUUUGCCUCGUGCUUUGGGAUGCAGCAUUAUAUUUGUACCUUUAGGUGCAGCAGAAAAGAGAACUCGGAUAUUACUUUUGCCAGCACUGGGCUUUAUUUUCUUGUAUUCAUUCCUCCCACACAAAGAGUUGCGCUUUAUCAUGUACACUUUCCCCGUCUUCAACAUAGUAGCUGCUAAAGUGUGCUCACGAAUACUGAAUAACUACCGGAAAUCCUGGCUGUACAAAAUUGGAUCUUUUUUUGUUGUAAUGCAUCUUCUAGUUAAUGCUGCUUAUUCUGGAACUUCUCUGUAUGUUUCACAUUUCAAUUAUCCUGGAGGAGUAGCAAUUCAGAAGUUGCAUGAGUUGGUACCUUCAACAGCAGAGGUCUCUGUUCAUAUUGAUGUAGCUGCAGCACAAACAGGAGUCUCUCGGUUUCUAGAAAUCAAUUCAGAUUGGAGGUAUGACAAAAGAGAAGAUGUUAAACCAGGAGACCAGCUGAUGUUUUCUUAUACACACAUACUGAUGGAAACAAACCCUCUUCAGAUAUCACAUUACAAGACAACCCACAGGCCGCUGGCAAAUAUACCUGGCAUCAGUAAAAUUGGGUUGAACCUUACUGCACUACCUCCUUUUACUUUAAACUUAAAACCAAAAUUAGUACUGUUGGAAAAACUUCCUCUAUCAUCUUGACUGUGAAUUUUAUGUAAGUCUUUUGGUGUAAUUUUGCUGAUGACUGAAUGAUCUAUGACAACAGCAGAUUAUCAUUCCAGCACUGCAGUUCAGCUUCUGUGAAAAGGUACAGAAAAUCUUUGUAUUGAUCAGUAUUUAGCUUCAUCCUGUUUAUUAUAUGAAUACUAUAAUGCAUUCUUAGUCAGUAUGAACUCAAAUCUGAGUUAGAUAUUAUUAGAUGUGUUUGAGAGAGGCUGCCUGCAAGUUUAGUGCUAUUAAGUGAAAUGUCUACUUAAUUUGGGUAGUUAUUUCAUAAUGCAGCACAGGUAUGUCCUAAUUGUCCUAUAUAAGAUACAUAAUGGAACGAGAUCUUACUUUGGCAAUAACUUUAUAUGUAAUCUGUGUGUGCAAAGAUGUAUUACUCGAUAUAUCUGCAGGACUGUAACCCGCUUAGUUGUCAGAUUGCCUGUGUGAAACUUGAAUGAUGUUAUCAGCAUAGGAAAGCCAUAUUCAUUGUAGCUUCAUCACAAUACAUGAUUGUGCCCUCUGGGCUAUUAAACUAAUUAAAGUGAAAGGUUCACUUAAACAGCAUUUGGACCUUUUGGCAACACUGUUUUGUUAACAGUAUUAAACAGUAUUAAAGAA